GGGUGAGGAGAGCUGACCUAGCUGCUUUCUUUGUCUAAACUUUGUCCUUCCCACCGCGGCCUCAGAUCAGAUGGACACGAUUAACCGUGCGCUUAGAAUUACCCUGGUGCAAGACACUGAUUUUUUUUUUAAUCUAAAACUCUAUUACAUGUAAAUAAAGCCUAUCACUAAUGUUUCCUCUCUUCAUGUGUGGAGCAGACAGACCUGCAGACCUGCAGCAGCACUGUCCAUAGCACUAAGUUUUGAGGAUCUGUUAUUCCAGCACGUGUUAACUUGCUUGUCCUUUGAGAGGCUCAGUAAACGUUGUGUGAAUAAAAGAAUGAAUGAACCCAGCCAAGUGUGUCCUAUACCCCAAGUACCAGGAAAAGAGUGGGCUUCUCCCCCGAACCUGCCUUUCUUCAUUAGGGAAGAUACAUUUUCCACCCAGGAUGUAAACUUCGAGAGGGUACCUUGCCUGUGGAGUACAGUAGACAGGCCAGACACCUGCUGAUGGAAAAUGAGGUUAAACUGUAAACAUCAACAUUUAAAUUUCAAUCUACCAUCCCACCAUUAUCUCGUAUAUGCUUGGCCUUUAAAAAAAGGUGGAUUUGGAUUAUUUAGUUGAGGGACAAAGGCUUAGAUAAUCCACAUCAUAGAUUUUGAGAUGGCUAAGGUUUGGAGGAUUUUUCUUUCACAUAUUUAGCUUUCUAAUUCUGUUUUAGGCUGAUUUUUAACUCAGAUAUUCUAUUGAGUUAUUAUUAUAAGGUGCUGAGACUAAGUUGAAAGAAAACGUACCUCUGUUGCCCCCCCCCACCACACACCAGCUUAGAGUUGAGUUGGAAUAGUUAUCUGUGAGAGACUACAGGGCAAUAGACAAUGUGGACGUUCACCUAUCAACUGGGUAUUGGCCCAGGAGGCCUUAGAAAAUCAUAUAUUUGGCCUUGAAAGAAUUUAGAGUAAGAAAAGAAUCAGAGUUUAGGUAAGAGGGGAUAGGCCCUUAUCACAGGCUCCUCACUGCUAGUCUUUCUAAGGCCAAGUGCCUUAGUUGCCAUCCUAAAAUAUUUAUUUGUGUUAGUUCACAGUGCCCACUGCAUUCAGUUCAUUCUCUGUAACCUGGCAUUCAGGGUCCUCUGCAGUGGGGUUUCAACCCAACUUUAAAGUCUUUAUCUCAGUGUUCCCCCAGACAGACCCUGCAAGACUCGUGUGUCUGCACAAGGUAAUGCUGAAAACACUUUGCACUAUCCACCAUUGUGCCUUUGUGUCCUUUUUUUGCGUCGCUGUCUCCUACAUUCUCUGCCUACCCAAACCCCACACAUCCCAGUGUCCCAUGCUUGAAAGCUCAGUGCAGGGCAGCCUCCUCCAUCAGGUUUCUGAAGCAGACUGGUGGCUGCCAGGAAGGAAACAAACACAUGCUAGAGAUGUGGAAACCUGUAGGACUUGGUGGUUGACUAAGUAAUAGAGGGAAGUUGGGUGUAAUCACCUUUGUUCCCUUUGCUAUCAUAAAGACUCUUAAAAGUCUUCACCAGUUGCUGUUAAUUUUGUAACUGCCAUUCACUUGGUGCAGGGCACUGCUUCUGCUGCAUCGAAACUGAUUAUAUCCAGGUUGCCAGUGGCUUAACUAAUGAAUCCACUGGACAUAUUUUUUUUUAUCCCUAAUUUUAAUAUAUUUUUUUAAUUAAAAAUUUUUUUUUUUUUGGUCUGCGUUGGUUCUUCAUUGCUGCCUGUGGGCUUUUCUCUCUAGUUGCAGCGACCAGGGGCUACUCUUUUUUGCAGUGCGUGGGCUUCUCAUUGUGGUAGCUUCUCUUGUUGUGGAGCACGGGCUCAAGGCCUGCGGGCUCAGUAGUUGCGGCACACGGGCCCCAGAGCGCGCGGCCUUCAGUAGUUGCGGUGCAUGGGCUCAGUAGUUGCGGCGUGCAUGCUCUAGGGUGUGUGGGCUUCAGUAGUCAUGGCGUGCUGGCUCAGUAGUUGUGGCUCGCGGGCUCUAGAGCACAGGUUCAGUAGUUGUGGUGCACAGGAUUAGUUGCUCCGCGGCAUGUGGGAUCUUCCUGGACCACGGCUCGAACCCGUGUCCCCCCGCAUUGGCAGGCGGAUUCUUAACCACUGCGCCACCAGGGAAGUCCCAUCCCUAAUUUUUUUUGACCCUUUAGUAUUUCUGUUGAUGUGAUCACUGUUCCUUGAAACUCUUGUUCUUUGGUUUUGGAAGCACCGUUUUCUCCUUGUCCUGCCACUUGCCUUCUCAGGGUCUUUCCCAUUCCUGUUUCUCUGCUUCCUUCCUUCCUUCCUUCCUUCCUUCCUUCCUUCCUUCCUCCCUCCCUCCCUCCCUCCCUUCCUUCUUUCUUCGCUGCACCAUGUGCUUUGCGGGAUCUCAGUUCCCUGACCAGGGAUUGAACCCGGGCCACUGCAGUGAAAGCGCAGAGUCCUAACCACUGAACCGCCAGGGAAUUCCCUCCACCCAUUUCUUAAACACUGAUUUUCCCCAAAGCAGUUCUCAGCCCUCUUCUCUUUCACCCUCGUGGGUGAUCCUGUCCCCUUCUGAGACUUCAGGUUGCACUCUGUGCUGAACCAGACAUCUGUAAGUGUACUUCUGGACUCAUUCUUUUCUGCCAUCCCCCACCUCCCUACCUUCCAGUGACUCCCUUGACUAAUUUUAGUAGGUGCUUUUCCCAAACCAGAAAACUUGGAUCAUCCUCUACAUUCUCCUUCCCUCUGUAUUCAUUUGGCCACCAAAUCCUGUCAGUUUUUCUUCAGAAAGGCCUGACUGUUGCCUGUCACCACCACCUCCUCAUUUUAGGCCCAUUUUAUUUCCUUGGAGUAUUGACACAUCCCUGUGCUGUUGGUAAUUUCCCCCACUCUCAGCUGCCCAUAUUAUUCUCUGCCUAUAGAAUAAAGUCUCAAAUCCUGAGUGUGGCGUAUAUGUCUCUUCAUUAUGUUUUUCAAAAAAAAUUGUUCAGAGUGACUUUAUUAUUGUUUUUUUGUCUUUUCAUUAUCUGGCUCUACUCUUAUUUUUUCUGCUCUAUGUCCUACUUCCUGCCCACACGGAGCAUACAUCUCAUUGAAUUUUUUAUCACUACACCUUAAACUUAGUAUUCCCUUUUAUGUUUCUGAGCCUUAACAUAUGCUGUUGCUUUUGCCUGCAAUUCUCUUUACCUUGUUGAUCCCGAUCAUAGUUCAAGAUGCAGCUUAACGUCAUUCUUUGAGGAUGUCGUCCGCAGUUCACCUAGGGAGGGGUUGUCAUUCCUAAUUGUGCUUUGAAACAGCAUUAUAAUCUCUUUACCAGAAUCUUGCACAUAGUCAGCGUGGUACAUAUGUUUGUUGAGUGAUUAAAUCAAACAGGAAGUAUAUUAGUUUCCUACGACUGCUAUGACAAAUUACUGCAACUGCAUGGCUUAAAACAACUGUAUUUUCUCAUAGGUCUGGAAGCUAGAAAUCCAAGAGGGCCAGGCUUGCUCUGAAGGCUCUAGGGAAGAAUCCUUCUCUGACUGCUCGUAGCUUCUGGUGGCUUCCAGCCAUCCUCCGCAUUCCUUGGCUUGUAGCUGUAUCGCUGCAAUCUUGCCUCCAUUGUCACAUGGCCUUCUUUCCCAUGUGUUUCUGUGUCUGAAUCUUCCUCUCCUUUCUCUUAAUAAAGAUUCCAGUCACUGGAUUUAGGGUGCAUCCUAAUCCAUUAUGAUCUCAUCUUAACUAAUUACCUCUGCAAGGACCCUAUUUCCAAAUAAGGUCACAUUCUGAGGUAUACAUAAAUUUGGGGGUGAGGGCUCUGUUUGACCCAGUACAGGAAGCGUUGCUCAUUUCUUCUGCUGUUAGAAGUAAAUGUACUUGGGAUCACACAGCUUUGUAGUUAAGCUGCUUGAAGAACUGUGUAGAUUUCCCCCUCCCUUUAAAUUAGAAGCAAAUCAGUCUAGAAAUGUUUCUUUAAACCUUCAUCCACAGGGACACUUUUUUUUUUUUUUUUCUUUUUGCGGUACGCGGGCCUCUCACUGUUGUGGCCUCUCCUGUUGCAGAGCACAGGCUCCGGACGCGCAGGCUCGGCGGCCAUGGCUCAGGGGCCUAGCCGCUCUGCGGCAUGUGGGAUCUUCCCGGACCAGGGCACGAACCCGUGUCCCCUGCAUCGGCGGUGGACUCUCAACCACUGAGCUACCAGGGAAGCCCCACAGGGAUACAUUUGAUGAGCCUGUUAUUCCACAGGGCAACUGCUCCCUUCUUGGGCUUCUCUAGCUCUGUCUCAGACUGGCCACUGUCUGCAGAGGUAUUCCAGAGGGUCCUGCCGUCCAUCAGAGUUUGGAUCCAAGUUUUUGAUAUUUCUUAUAUAAGUGGCUCAAACCCAUGAGGAGAUAUACCUCUCUGAAUUCUAUUUGAGUUUCAGUCCUGAAGACUUUAUGAAUGGUCAACGUGGGGCCCUCCAUGAUUCAUAGAUUCUUCUCUUGAUGGAGUAGAACUUCCUUACAAUGGAUUGCUAGGAAAUAAUCAGGAGCAUUUUAAAGCACCUAAUGUGUGCAGAGUUCUUUACAUGGUACUGGGGUUGGAGGAAAAGAAAUGGAAGACACCUCUUAUUCUAGAGGUACUUUCAAAAUAAAUUGAAGGGAAUACACACAUACAAAAAACUAAACAUAUUUCUAAGGAGAGGCCCAAAGUCGAUGUGGUUAAAUGCCAUGAGGAGAGGGCAGGAACUGUAUGCUUUAGAGAUUCAAAGGAACAAUCACUUCCAGCCGGGGUUUGGAGCAGGGUUAAGUUUGGGGAAGGAGGCUGCCUUUGAUCUGGGUUCUUGCAGGGUGGAUAGGAUUUUGAUUGGUGAAGUUGGAAGGGAGGCUGAUCCAGGUGGAGGAAGAAGGUCGAGCGGAGAAGGAAUUGCGUGGGGAGCUAAAUGUUCAGGAAACAUUUCAGAGUAACUGGAGCAUAGAGUAGAUUGAUAGAGGAUGAGACUAAAGGCAGAGCGGAGCACGAGUGUGGAAAAUGAAUGGCACGCCAAAGAAUUUAGAUUUGCUUGGCAGAAAUUGAAGUAUGUGAGCUUUGCUUAACAGGAGGCUAGCAGAUGAGCAUUGCAAAUCAAGGAAGAGAUUCUAGUUUGUUUAGUGUGAGAGGUGAUUAGGAUCUGACUUUAGGAUAUUAGCAGUGAUAACAGGAAGGCAGGGGAAAAAGAGUAUUGCUACGUUGUAGAUAGAAGCAAUAGUACUUUUGUUUACUGAGUGGAUAUGGGGACAGAGAAGAGAGUCACUGGUCAUUAUUUACCGCACCACCCUCCCUUUUAUUUUGAAAAAUGUUAAAGUUACAGGAGAGUUGCAAGGCUAUCGUACCAAGUACUCACACACUAGAAGUGUAUGUGCAGGUUUGGGAUAGGUUGAUCUCAAGAAACUGGUAUGAGAGCCAUCGUGUGGAAAUGUCUUUUUCGAUUAUUGGAGAUGCUCUAGCUGGUCUACGAAUAUCCCCCGUCCCAGUAGAUGGGAACAUCAUCCCUUCUGCUACACAACCCAGAGAAAAACUUUGGUUUCUCUCAUAUCCAUAUCCGUCAGCCAGUAAUCCUGUCCAUGCGACUGUCAACGUUUCUUUCCAGAAUCCAAGUGCUUCUUACUACCUCCUCUGCCACCGUCUUGGUUCAGGUCGCCAUCAUUUCUCCCCUGGAUUAUCGCAGCAGCCUCGUUGGUUGUCCUGCCUCUGCAGUUACCUCCCUCCAGCCUCUACCCAGCAUGGCAGCCAGUGUGAUCCUGAUGGUGAGACCUGGACUGAGGAUCAAUUAAUUAUAAAGCAGAAAACUCUUGAAGUAGGGACACAGCCACAUGAAGGAGAGGAAUGUGAACGAAACAAACAUGCGGGACCCUAUGGGUAUGGACAGAAUUUUGGUCAUAUCUCAGACUUUAUCCGACAGCCACACAUUCUUAUGGAAGAGAAAUCUCAAAUGUGCAACACUUGUGGCAAGCUAUUCAGACGGAACACAUACCGUAUUCAGCAUGAAAAAAUCCACACACAGGAGAAGCCUUAUGAGUGUCAUGAAUGUGGAAAAGCCUUUGGCCAUAGUUCAAAUCUCAUUCAGCAUCAAAGAAUCCACACCGAGGAGAAACCCUACGAAUGCGGUGAGUGUGGGAAGGUCUUCCGGCGCAGCUCACACCUCAUCCAGCAUCAGAUCAUCCACACGGGGGAGAUGCCUUACCUGUGUAAUGAGUGCGGAAAAGCUUUCGGUCGGAGCUCAAGUCUCCUUCGACAUCAGAGAAUCCACACUAUGGAGAAGCCCUAUGAAUGUACCGAAUGUGGGAAGGCCUUCAGCCAGAGCUCAAAUCUAACAGAACAUAGGCGAGUUCACACCAGAGAGAGACCAUACGAAUGCUGCGACUGUGGGAAAGCUUACAGUCGUAACUCACACCUCAUCGAACAUCAGAGAGUCCAUACAGGGGAGACUCCUUAUGACUGUAAUGAGUGUGGAAAAUCUUUCAGUAGGAGUUCACUCCUUAUCAAACAUCAUAGAAUUCACACUGGAGAAAGACCCUAUGAGUGUAGUGAAUGCGGGAAGGCCUUUAGUCGGAACUCCCACCUUAUUCAGCACCAGAAGACUCACAGUGGGGUAAAACCUUCUGAAUGUAAAGAAUGUGGGAAAACCUUCAAGUACAGUUCAUACCUUAUUGAUCACCUGGGAAUCCAUUCAUGAGAGAAACUGUGAAUGAAGUGAAGGUGGUAAAGCCUUUGUUUGGAGUUCAGCUCUUAGCGAACAUCAGAGAACUCGUGCUGGGGAGAAAACCUUUGGCUGUAGUGAGUGCAGACGGCCUUCAGUCCUAGCUCAACUCUUACCAAGACCUGAAAAUCCACAUAGUGGACAGAUCUCAUGGAUGUGUUCAGUGCAUAAGUACCUUUAGACAGAGUUCCCGCCUUACUCAGCAUUAGCCAGUUUGCUUUGGGGGAAUGAUGGGUAUGGGGAGAGCCUUGCUAUGUGUCAGAGAGGGGCACGAAAGGGGCGUCAUCUGACACUACAGAAGGAAUGACUAAAGUGGAAGCUUAAGUUAGCACUACUUUUUAUUUGAUUUUGAGGAUCUACAUCAGAGGGAGAUUCUCUGGUUUUUUUCCACAUCUCCAUAAUCUUCUGCCAGAAAUGGAAUGGGUUAGGUCCAUUCCAGGGAAGAAAGAAUCAGGGCAUUCUGGAUUCAGACUCAUAGAUCAGGAAAGCUGCAGUGUGACCUUUGAAUCCGAUAGCUUUCCUUGUAUCUCAUCUGUCCUGUUGGUUGUAACUAUACAUGGAAGUGGCUCUUGGGUCUUCUUGGACCAGCAUUUUCCCUCCUCAAUGUCCUGCAGACUACUGAAUCUCUUUUUGUUUUAUAUUUCAUAGAUGCUUUUAAUAAAUGGGCAAAUUUUCUAAGCCCAGUAAUUUCUCAGUAUAACAUGUCAUGGGCUUUGUUACGUGUCAACUCCGGUAGGCUGAAGUGCAUUUGUCAGAUUUCCCUUUCUUGUAUUUUUCGGUUUGUGUGGUCUACAAGGGAGAUUCUUGGGAGAGCUGGAGGGCAGAACAGAAGCAGCAGUAAUUUUGUAGCUCACACAUGUCACUGAUCUGCUGACUCACCUCACUGGCACUGGACAUGAAACUAGUGUACCUUCCCCAGGAUUCUUUUUUGCCUUUACUGGGCCGUGGUUUUCCUUCUCUGAUUGAAUCCUAGUCAGACACAUGCUUACUAUCCUAUGAGAAGUACACAUUUAUUUCAAGUUUAGGUAGAGAGAAAUAGUUAGCUUCUGGCUGUUUUUAAAAAAGAACCUCAAUAAUAAGCUUCAAGAUUUCCUAUCAGGAAAGCUAUUGUUCAGACUCCUUUAUAACAAAACUUCCAUCAUAACCUGAGGCAGAGCUUCACUACCGUGUAAUUAUCGAGGGAAAAGUUUGCAAAGUAGUUGAAUAGUGUGAUACAUGAUCGACUGAUAAAAUUUUUAAAAAUCAAAAAUUUGAGCACCAAUUUAUCAUGAAUAUUUUAAUAAUUAAAGAAGAUUCCCAAAGUACCUCUAGUAGGCAGUAUAUUUUAGAUUUAUUCUAGGCAUCUGAGAGAAAUAUCUACUUUGUUGUAAACGUUUAUGUUUUGAUUACAAAAAAUCAGAUUAUUUUUCCUCCUGUUAGUCUGGAUUAGUGAUUACCUAAAAUAUCGGUGAAAACUAUACUUACGUUGUAGACUCUUGAAA